AUGUCGAAAGUAGUGAGUAACAAAGAGAAGAAGUCCUUUAGUAAGAAGCUGUUCCGCAGGAGCUCCGUACGCUCUGUGGGCAGCUUUAUGAACAGAGUGCUGCGGACACUGUCCACUCUGUCCCACUUCAGCACAGAUGAGAGCGAGCAGGACGACAAGGAUGAGUCUGCCCUCAUCCCCACCACCACUGCAGGCUCUGCUGCCUCUGAUGACAGUGACUGUGGAGGGUUCCCUUUCUUUGGGGACAAGGUUCCUGGAGUGGCAGGUCUGAAGAACCACGGGAACACCUGCUUCAUGAACGCCAUCCUCCAGUGUCUGAGCAACACCGAGCUGUUCGCAGAGUACCUGGCCCUGGAGCAGUUCAGCGGCAGUGACACCGCCAGCAGCAGCGACAAGCCCAAGGCCAACGGGGUGGUCCUGGUCAUGAGGGGCAGCCCCCCCCAGCAGGACUCAGGGGAGGUCACCAAGCAGCUGUCCGGCCUGGUGCGAGCUCUCUGGACCUCUGAGUACACACCCCAGCACAGCAGGGACUUCAAGAUCCGAGCUGAGGCACACAGUCACAUCGGUCCUCUGUGCAGUAUGUUUUAG